AUGGCCAACUCUUCAUCACUGCGUACAAUCAACGAACUUCUUUCUUGUCCAAUUACAUGUGUCAUAUUUCACGAUCCGGUUUUAGCUGAUGACGGGCGCACAUAUGAGCGUGAAGCUAUCGAAAAAUGGAUUGUACAAAGUGGAACAAGUCCAAUAACUCGACAACCAUUAAAUAUUCAAACAAUUCGUCCAAAUCAUGUUGUCAAAGCCUUGGUGGAUGAGUUUGAAACAACAAUGAAGAAAAAAAACUAUCAGUUCAAGUUAGAUGUUGAUGUUCGAAAAGCAUCACGCCAACCGUUGUUCUCGGCAUAUGGCAAAUAUGUGUAUAAAGCUGAAUGGUUAAUUAAAAAUAAUGGACCACAAAUUAUUCUGAUGAAAAUUAAUGGUGCCCGUGCAGAGGAAGAAGCUAAGUUCUACGUUGAAUUAACUCAACAUCGACACAUUGUUCGUACCUUUGGUUUUGUUGAAGAUAAUCCACAAAAAUCAGCCGACACAAAUAAUUCUAUCAUGUUAUUGCAAGAAUAUGCACCAGAAGGAAAUCUGUUUGAAUUUCUACAAGAUCAAGAUUCAUUACCAAAAGAGACGGUUCUGUGUGAAAUAUUUGCUCAAAUUGCAGAUGCAAUGGCAUUUUUGGCACAAAAAGAUAUUGUUCAUGGUGAUCUAGCAUGUCGAAAUGUGCUCGUAUUUCGAUUUGAUAAGAAUGAUCCUAGAUUUAACAUUGUAAAAUUAACUGAUUUUGGUUUAAGUCGUU